GCAGAGCCUCUGCUGCGGGGCUUGGGGACGCGGGGGCAGGACCCCGCGGUGGCCGCGCCGCUGCAGGUGGGCACAGCCCCCACCACCCCCGCCAGGCACCAUGGACUGGAAGAUGUUCCAGGCCUUACUGAGUGGCGUGAACAAGUACUCCACAGCGUUCGGGCGCAUCUGGCUGUCGGUGGUGUUCGUCUUCCGGGUGCUGGUGUACGUGGUGGCUGCAGAGCGUGUGUGGGGGGACGAGCAGAAGGACUUUGACUGCAACACCAAGCAGCCAGGCUGCACCAACGUGUGCUAUGACGAAUUCUUCCCCAUCUCCAACAUCCGCCUCUGGGCCCUGCAGCUCAUCUUCGUCACAUGCCCGUCGCUCCUGGUCAUCCUGCAUGUGGCCUACCGCGAGGAGCGGGAGCGGAGGCACCGUCAGAAACACGGUGACCAGUGCACCAAGCUAUACGAAAACGCCGGUAAGAAGCAUGGUGGCCUAUGGUGGACCUACCUGUUCAGCCUCAUCUUCAAGCUCGCCAUUGAACUCCUCUUCCUGUACGUGCUGCACACCCUCUGGCAUGGCUUCAGCAUGCCACGCCUGGUGCAGUGUACCAACGUGGCCCCCUGCCCCAACACUGUGGACUGCUACAUCGCCCGGCCCACCGAGAAGAAAGUCUUCACCUACUUCAUGGUGGGUGCCUCAGCCGUUUGCAUCGUGCUCACCAUUUGCGAGAUCUGUUACCUCAUCUUCCACAGGCUCCUGCGAGCCUUGCACAAGGGCAAAUCUUCAAGGGCCCACAGCCCCCCACCCUCCUCCAGCCGGGCCUCCACCUGCCGCUGCCACCACAAGCUGCUGGAGGAUGGGGAGCUGGGUUCGAAGGCAGAUAAUGACAAGCUGCAGACUCUGAUACCCACCUGACCCCACCUGACCACAGGCUGGAGGGGCGACACUGGGUCUGCCCUUGGGACAGGCAGGGAGGUAUUGCAGGGUGGAGGGGUCCUACCGGUGCUGGGUGCCCACACUUUGAAUUCACUAAGCUCUUCAAUUUCAUUUUGGGCAGAUCCUUUAUGAGCUGGGUACUCUGCUGUCCACCAGGGCAUAGGUAACACCACAGACCCAGUGCAGGCCCUCAGAGGAGACAGACAUUUAGACAAGCAAAUUAGCUAUAUGCAUGCAAGGGGAUGCUUGGAUAGCAGGGCUUCUCCCUAACCCAGGAGAGAGUGAUCAGGUGGGCUUCCCUGAGGAAAUAAUAUGUAAGAGAGGUGAGAAGUGCUCCCAAGCAGAGACAACAGCAGGCACAGAGUCCUGGAGGCCACAAAAAGAGGCACGCUUGCCCUGGGCUGAAUGGACCAGACCAAAGAGAAUCUUCACUCCCUUGGGAGAAGGCACCCAGAUUCCCCAGGUGGAGAGUAGGUCUUCUCCAGCAGUGGGAGGUCUGGAGGCCCGAGUGUGAUCUUGGAAAGAGACAACGGCUCUGGGGAUGUCCCUCAGCAGAAGCCCCCCUCCCCUAGACCCCCCCUCCAGCCUCAGACAGAGGAGCUCCAUCUUUCUCCCUGCAAAUGUGCUCAGCCUGGUGCCAGUCUUUCAUUCCCUGCUUCCAGAGACUCGGGUGGAUGCGCUGAUAGGAACAACCGCAAGGCAGUUUCCUUGAAAUCAAU